UUAAGUAUCUAAGCGCUAACCAACGCCACAGUGAGACCGAAGACAAACCCGUGGAAGUAUGGAUAUUAUUCAGGACAACUGAUCGAUCACUGCUCAUCUUUUUCAGUGAAAAAAAAUGUCCAGUAGAAGCCAGCACUAUGGUUUCCAGUCAGCCACCAUGGUGCAGCCUGCUAAUGGCGGCCAUGCCUACCUGUUUGGAAACAACGGUUCGGAGAAUGACCUGUCAGAGGAGGAUGGUGAGAGCUACGAGUUGCGGCCACGUGGCAGAGAGAGGCUGCGGAGGAGCACCUCCAGAGAGAGGCUAGAUGAUAUUGUCUACCUGACCAGAGAUAUCCAGGAGGGUGACACCCUGAACAGUAUUUCCCUGCAGUACCAUUGUUCGGUGGCUGAUAUUAAACGUGCUAACAACCUCUUGACAGAGCAGGAUUUCUUUGCUCUGCGGUCUGUCAAGAUUCCUGUGAAGCGCUUCAGUGUCCUCACUGAAACUCAUAGCACUGGACCUCUCAAAUCUGCCUCCCCUUCAGAAUCCAGGCGCUUGCCCCAGAUCUCCCCCGUUACCGCCCUUCCCUCAGAGUGCUCCACAGACUCAUCCUCUUCCACGGACAGUGUGGAAGGGUUCCUCCAGGAGAAGGACAAGGACAUCGAGCGGCUGGUGAAAUCCACAGGCCCAUCUCGGAGCAGCCUGAAUGAGGUUGUGUCCUCCUUAACGCUCCAGCAACAGCAGCCACUGCUGGGAGAGGUUGAGUAUAAACCAGUACAGAGAAAGGACCCUUAUUAUGGCGCUGACUGGGGCAUGAGAUGGUGGACGGCUGUGGCUAUCAUGCUGGUUGUUGGCAUUGUUACGCCUGUGUUUUAUCUGCUGUACUAUGAGGUUCUCAUGAAAACUGAUGUAAGCCAUCAUGGCGCCCCUACGCAAGGUAAUGGCAACAUGCCUCCUGGACAUCAGAAUAGCAAUCUUGUCAGAGAAGACAGUCAUGCAGGGGCUGGACCUGGACAACAAGCUGGAAAUGGAGCUAAUGGAGAGCAGCAGGAACCCAGUGCGAAUAAAGCAGGAGAUGUUCAACAAGGAGUGAAUGAGAAAACAUAGCAAGGGAUUAUAAACUUUACAUACAACUUUGUUGCUAACUCAGAGACAUAAUAAAACUGGGAGGAUGUUCCCAUUUUUUAGUAGUUUUUAUUGACUUGGUACAUCAAUGCAAUCUGUCUGACAGGGAAAGUCACUUUGUAGUGGGAACAGUAAUUUUUAUAGGGUUGAGAUACUAUGAGCAAGGGUGUGACCACAUUAAUUUCCUGUGACUGACAAAUUUAGGUUUGUUUGGUUUUAAAACAAGGAGUUUUCCUCAUCUUGUUUUUGCAAUAGUUUUGUUAUCAUCCAUGCUGCUGCAUUCCCAGAAAAUGAGUAAAUUUUGUCCAAGGAGUUCAACAAAAACAAACCAAGGUGUUCAGCAACACUCAGUGUCAGAUCAUUGGCCACACCCUAAGAGAAACAUUAAUUGUGGGGAUCUAGUUUUAAAGCAGUUUUUACUGAGAUUGGUCCAAUUUUUUGCCAUGUUUGUAAUAGUGUAUUUUUCAACGCCAUCUGUUGGAAAUGUAUGAUUGCUGCCAUUGUGUUGAAUAUAAAAUUAAUUUAUUUCUAUCAUACUUUAGUCUUUACUUACACUAUCAGUAUUGGGGGUUAAAAGUUGAAUUAUAAUUCUGAAUUUCCUUGAAAGUUGCGUGAAUUUUCCUUUUAACUCGCCUGGAGAGAACUGCAUUUCAUUUCUAACCCAAGAGCAUGGUGAGAAAAUCGGGAAAUUCACAGUAUUCCCACAGUGACUCAUACUUGUAAAUUAUGUGAAAUUUUAGACUUUGUUAUAUAGCCCUUUUAUUUUAUCACUGUGUUCACUUGAUAUUUUAUGAAAAAGCAUUACGUGUUGUUGACAGUAUGUGCCUUUCAACCUGUGGAAAAGUGCUACAGGCUGAAGAAUAAAUAAAUCUAUUUUGAAUAAAUUA